UUUUUUUUCUUUGGAACAUUAUUUCGCAGUUCUUUUUUUUUAACGCGUUGUUUCUUUCUAUCAAGACAGUUUUAUCUUUUUUUUUUUCUUUUUUGAUCCAUCUUGUAAUGGCUGGUAUAACCAACUUCUUCAAGCCUACUCCAAAAUCCACUGGGGAAGAAACGAACAAACGGAAGAAACGAAUCAUUCAUGUUAGUGAUAAUGAAGAUGAAAACGACAAUGACGAUGAUUUUGUGACACCACCAGCAAAGAAGAAAGUAAAAGAACAAAUUGAACCUAGUCAAUAUUUUGCCAGCAAAAAGUCAACAGCGAAGAAACCAGCUACCAAAGCAACGAAAUCAGAAGAAGACAAAGAUGUUAUCAUGACAGAAUCUUCGACUUCAAAAGCAGCAAAAGCAACUACUUCAACAAAAGCAACUCCUACCACCAAAUCCAAAGCAAAGGUUAAACAUGAAGACGAUGAGGACUUUAUUCCACAAGACAAAACUGAAAAAGUGGAAGAAACUCCUGAUACGAAGAAAUCUUCAAAAGCUGGAUUCUAUGCUAUGAUGCACCGUGCCCCUCCUUCAGCCUUGGGAUCUCGACCUAAACCUGUCGGUAGUGAUGGAUGUUUGACAGAUAAUGUGUUUGUCCUUUCUGGUGAAUUUGAUACAAUCACGAAAACAGAUAUUCAGGAUAUUAUCAAGACUUAUGGAGGACGUGUCACAUCAGCUGUUAGUGGAAAAACAACAUAUCUAUUACGAGGACGUGAUGCAGGACAAAGCAAAUUGGACAAGGCAAAGAAACUCAAUACCAAGAUUCUGGAUGAAGAUGGUUUUUAUAAUCUAAUUGAAUCUUCUGCUGGACAAAAAAAAUCUGAAUCGACACCUGUGCAACCUACAACGGUAAAGGAAACCAAAGCAAAGACAAUAAAAGCGUCACCUACAUCAUCACCUGCAUUAUCUGAAACAACCGCCCCAUCAGACAGAACUCCACUUGAUGUUGGUGAAAUUCUAUGGACUGAAAAAUACAAGCCAAAAUCGACUAGUCAAAUCAUAGGAAAUAAAUCAGUUAUUGAACGGCUUUCUACAUGGCUUGGCAAUUGGCAAGAGAAUCGAAAGAAGAACUUUCCUGAAAAGGAUGAGACAUCCGGUUUCCGGUCGGUUUUACUCAGUGGACCCCCUGGCGUUGGGAAAACCACAACAGCUCAACUUUUGGCUAAAGAACACGGAUACAGCGCUCUGGAACUUAAUGCUAGUGAUACUAGGAAUAAAAGUGUUUUGGAAGAGAUGCUUUCGGGAGCAACUGAUAAUCGAUCAAUGACGGAAUUCUUUUCAGGUGAACUCGGUACUAGUGCAACCAAGGCGAAGCAAUUAAACCCUGUUCAAGGAAGAGUAUUGUUAAUUAUGGAUGAAGUCGAUGGGAUGUCUGGUGGUGAUCGAGGUGGAUCAGCAGAACUUGCACGCUUGAUUAGGUCAACAAAGAUUCCUGUUAUCUGCAUUUGUAACGAUUCUCGAUCUGAAAAGGUAAAGCCAUUAUUGAAAGUAUGCUAUGAAGCCAAGUUCACCCGAACACCUGCUAAAAACAUGCGUUCGAAACUUAUGAGUAUUGCAUUUCAAGAAAAACUCAAGAUUGAACCAAAUGCUGUGGAUGAAUUAGUCAGUCUGACUGGGAACGAUAUUCGUCAAAUCAUUAACAUUCUAUCAACAUAUCGACUAUCCAAGAACGAAAUGAAAUUCGGUGACGCAAAGAUCAUUGGCACUCAUAAUCAAAAAUACAGUCAAAUCUCCCUUUUCGACAUACCCAUCCGUCUUCUCGGUAACUCUUCUUGGCAACAUCCGAAUAUCAAUCAAUUGGCGGAUAUCUAUUUCCACGACUAUACGUUAUCCAAUCUUAUGAUAUUUGAAAAUUAUCCCAAGUCUGCUCCCACCAAGGCUAGAAAAUGGAACAAAGAUGGAAAUCCCAGGGAAACCGAAUGUUUGGAAAUGGACUUAUUAGCCAAGGCGGCGAAUGCAAUUGCCGAAGGUGAUCUUGUGGAUCAUCGCAUGGGAUCAAACCAAGAAUACUCUUUGAUGCCUGUUCAUUCUAUUUUCUCAUGUGUUCGACCUGCUUAUUAUAUGGAAGGUAGUUUAGCUGGCAACCGUAUGAACUUCCCAUUAUGGUUGGGUCAAAAUUCAAAAACAAUGAAAAAUAAACGUUUAUUGGCCAAUGUACAAAACAAAUUACGAUCCAAGGCAACAGUAGAUUUAUCCGAAGUCAGACAAAACUAUGUACCAGCACUAACAUGUAACAUAUUUACAGACAUCACCAAUGGUCAAUAUGAUAAGGCAAUGGAUACGAUGGAUUAUUAUUACUUGGAUCGUGAAAAUUUGGAAACUCUUAGCGAUCUUUCCCUAACUCCCAAACCAGUCAUGAACACUCUUUCAGCGGCUGCCAAGCGAACAUUCAAUAAAGUAUACAAGGCUCGAAGUCAUCCUGUGUUGUUCGAACUCAGUGAUACGACUCCUCUCAAGAGCAAGACUGUUGCACCAAAGGAAGAUUUGGAAGGUGUGAUUUUUGAAGUGGAACCUGAAGAUGAAUUGGAAGAAGAUGAAUGAAAUGGAUGAUGAUUAUAGUUUUUAGUCUAUUUCAGUUUUAUAAGGUUUAUAUCAAUCAUCAACAAUAAUAAAAAAAAAAAAGAUCUUUAUACAAAUUU